AUGGGAACUCUUCGGCCAAUCAAUGGGACCUCUCCGGCCAAUCAAUUGGACCUCUUCGGCCAAUCAAUGAGACCUCUUCGGCCAAUCAAUUGGAACUCUUCGGCCAAUCAAUGUGACCUCUUCGGCCAAUCAAUGGGACAUCUUCGGCCAAUCUAUUUCUCAGGAAAUAUCUAUCUAUCUAUCUAUCUAUCUAUCUAUCUAUCUAUCUAUCUAUCUAUCUAUCUAUCUCAGUCUGUUCAUAUCUAUCUAUCUAUCUAUCUAUCUAUCUAUCUAUCUAUCUAUCUAUACACUCAUUCUAUCCCGGUCUGUUCAUAUCUAUCUAUCUAUCUAUCUAUCUAUCUAUCUAUCUAUCUAUCUAUCUAUGCCUGUCCUUUAGAUAUACUCAAUUUUUCCCAAUUUGUCAUUAAUUUUAUAUGUAUUCAUAUUUAUCUCUCUCUCUCUCUCUCUCUCUCUCUCUCUCUAUCUAUCUAUCUAUCUAUCUAUCUAUCUAUCUAUCUAUCUCUUUAUAUAUAA